AUGGCAACUCAAUUAUUGAUUCAAAAACCCGAAGACCAUCUUGUAUUUAUGAAACAAUAUCUUCAUCUUGCUGCAAAAAAACUUAAUAUAUCCAAUAUUAUUUUAAUUGCACCUGAAAAUUUUGAUAGAAAGGCAUUAGCCAAAAUUCUUCAGAAAGAAUUAGGUGUAUAUCCUUUGAGCUUGAAAGAGCUUCGUAAAGUUUAUACUCAGCAGGAUGAUACUUGUCAUUGCGAGGAAUCAGAAGAUCUUGCACAUGCAAUGAGAAAAAUAUUAGAAAGCGGAGCUUUUCAUGAAAGUGGAUGGUUGCUAUUUGAUUUGCCGAGAACGAAAAAAGAAGCACGAAUAUUUCAGCGUAUGGGUAUAAUACCGACACAUGUGAUACAACUCAAAGUUUCAAAUGAAUAUGAAUGGAACGAUAUUUAUACAAACAAUGCUCAUUCAACUUUCAUAAAAUCUAAAAAAUCACAAAAUCAUUAUUUAAAAAAUUUACGAGAAUUACGAGAAGUAUAUGCACAUUAUUUAAUAGAAAUCGAAGUAGGUAUCAGAUCCAUUGAAGAACUUGGAAAAGAUUGUGCAAAACUAGCAAAGAUAAAAAAACAUUGUGGAACACCAUCACUUUUUCGUAUUGCAUUAAUUGGUCCUAGGGGAUCUGGCUGUAUUACUGUAGCAAAAUACCUAGCUGAACGAUUUAAUCUUGUUUAUAUUGAUUAUGAUUAUAUUGCAGAACAGGCGCGUUUACAACAAAAUUCUUUAGGAAAAAUUCUUCGAUUAUUUGAAGAACAAUGGGGUGAAAGACCCAAACCUGAAAUUAGAAUUCAAAUUGUUGAAAAACAUAUAUCUGAGUACGAGUGUUUGAAAAGGGGUUGGGUUUUAACGGGUUAUCCAAAGACCGUAGAAGAUUUUAAAUUAUUUGAUUUGAGUCCUACCCCUCCAAACAGAGUAAUAUUUAUGGAAGUAAGUAGUGACAUCUGCAGAGAAAGACUACUCAAUCGUCGAUACAAUAUUAUCACAGGAAGUAAACAUAAUUUAUCUUCAACAAUCAUCGGUAACGAUGACUUUAAAUUAGGUGUUCAUCCUAAAGAUUUCAGACUGAAUGUCGAACGAGAUUUACAAGAAUAUGAAGAAAAUAUGAUUGACAUGAUGAAGUAUGCAGGCGAAUCUGCAAUAAAAAUUGAUGGAAAUGAUGAAGAAAGAAUUGUUCGAGAAAAAGUAGAAGCAAGUAUAAUGCAUCCAAUUCUAUCUUGGCAGUCAAGAAUACCAAGACCUCCACCUAAGAUUGAUCCAAUGAGUAUUGAAUUUGAUCCUGAUGAUGAACCUGAUUCCAGCGUGUUCGAUAAAAUACGUGCCCCUGAGCCGAAGUAUACUUUUAUCUAA